CCGCCGGGGGCCAUGGACGGGGCUGUGAUGGAAGGGCCGCUCUUCUUGCAGAGUCAGCGUUUCGGUACCAAGAGGUGGAGGAAGACCUGGGCCGUGCUCUACCCGGCCAGCCCCCACGGCGUCGCGCGCCUCGAGUUCUUUGACCACAAGGGGUCGAGCUCCGGAGGGGGCCGAGUGGCCUCGCGCCGCCUGGACUGCAAGGUGAUCCGUCUAGCCGAGUGUGUGAGCGUGGUGCCCGUGGCUCUGGAGAGUCCCCCCGAGCCUGGAGUCGCCGCCUUCCGCCUGGACACCGCACAACGCUCCCACCUGCUGGCAGCCGACGCGCCGUCCAGUGCCGCCUGGGUGCAAACGCUGUGCCUCAACGCCUUUCCGAAAGGCAGCUGGGCUCUGGCGCCUGCCGAGAACCCACCCAAGCUUUCUGCCCUGGAGAUGCUGGAGAACUCGCUGUAUAGCCCCACCUGGGAAGGAUCCCAGUUCUGGGUAACCGUGCAGAGGACUGAAGCUGCUGAGCGCUGUGGCCUGCAUGGUUCCUACGUGCUGAGGGUGGAGGCUGAGAGGCUGACCCUCCUCACUGUGGGAACUCAGAGUCAGAUACUGGAGCCACUUCUUUCCUGGCCCUAUACUCUGUUGCGUCGCUAUGGCCGAGACAAGGUAAUGUUUUCAUUUGAGGCUGGCCGGCGCUGCCCCUCCGGCCCUGGAACAUUCACCUUCCAGACAGCACAGGGAAAUGACAUCUUCCAGGCUGUUGAGACUGCUAUCCAACGGCAGAAGGCCCAGGGCAAGGCUGGUCAGGGACAGGAUGUUGUUAGAGCUGAUUCCCAUGAAGAACUGGCAGAGCGGAAGCUGGCUUCCCACCCUGGUGCCCAGGAGCUACCUGGCAGCCCUCCAGCCCUGUAUGCUGAACCCUUAGACUCUCUGCGCAUUCCUCCAGGUCCUUCCCAGGAUUCUCUGUACUCAGACCCUUUGGACAGCACCCCUGCACUGGCAGGGGAGGGGGUGCAGUUAAAGAAAACUCUCUAUUGGAACUUGUAUGAGCAUGUGCAGCAGGAGUUGAUGAAAGCCAAGCUGAAGGACCCCAAAGAGGACCCCAUCUAUGAUGAACCUGAAGGCCUGGCCCCAGCCGCUCUCCGGGGCCUUUAUGAUUUGCCUCAGGAGCCCAAGGAUGCAUGGUGGUGCCAGGCUCGACCUGGAGGAGUGAAGGAGGAGGGCUAUGAGCUCCCCUACAACCCUGCCACUGAUGACUACGAAGUGCCUCCCCCUUCUCGGAUCACAAAGCCCCUCCCAGCUCCCAAGCCCCAGGGCCUGGCCUUCCCUGAACCUGGUGCUGCAACUGGCAGUGGCGGCAAAGGCCACAGCUCGGACACUGCCCUGUACAGCCAGAUCCAGAAGGGCGGAGCCUCAGGGAGCUGGGACUGUGGGCUCUCGAGAGCAGGGGCUGACAGGACUGGGGUCAAGUCAGAGGGCUCCACAUGAGAAGUGGGGCAAGGCUGGGGUUGCUAUAGAACCAUGAAAAAGUGCACUGGGGAAUCAAAGAAACCUGUUAGAACCAGUGGGGAGCAGAGGGCUGGAGGGGCUGUCUGAGACUAGGGGAACAGGCAGA